AUUAGUAUCUCACAGGUGACCUGUACUGUAAGUCGACCGUCAGCCUGCCGCCGCUUAUGGACUUUGAAAGUUCUUUUCUUUAUUCUCCAUUUGUUUUUUGGGAGGAAUUCUUCAAGCUUUUAAUGAAUCCUGAUGUCCUUUUCCCUGAUCUCUCCUCAAUGUGACUGUUUGGGGUCGUUUUUGUGAAAUCAUGCGUCAAGUCCUGCAUGUUUUGGUGUUGUUAUGCUGCCUUAAUAUGGCUCAUCCCUUCUGUCCAGCCCAAUGCACUUGUGUCUUCCAUGGACGUACCGAUGGAGCCGGGACCAGGUCUGUGCUCUGCAAUGACCCAGACAUGUCAGACAUCCCUGUUAAUGUUCCGGUGGACACAGUCAAGCUUCGGAUUGAGAAAACCGUAAUCCGCCGGGUUCCGACAGAAGCGUUUUAUUACCUGGUGGAGCUAUGCUACCUGUGGAUUACUUACAAUUCCAUCACCUCGGUGGAUACUGGAAGUUUCUACAACCUCAAAGUGCUCCACGAGCUGAGGCUGGAUGGCAACAUGAUCUCUGUCUUCCCAUGGGAGUCUCUCAAAGAGAUGCCCAUGCUGAGGACCCUGGACCUUCACAACAACAGACUCACCAGCAUCCCCACUGAGGCCAUCCCCUACCUUGUUAAGAUCACAUACUUGGAUCUAUCCAGCAACAAGCUAGCCACCCUGCCUUCCGACCUUAUGGAUAUUUGGCCGCCGUUCAAUGGCGAGCCAGUGACAUCCAAUGCCUCCCAGAAGGUAGUGCUGGGCCUCCAGGACAACCCCUGGUUCUGCGACUGUAAGAUCUCAAAGUUGAUCGAGAUAUCCAAAAUGGCGGUGACACCCGUGGUUCUCAUGGACCUGUUCCUGACCUGCAGUGGACCAGAGAAUCUGGCCGGUGUUCUUUUCCAACGUGCAGAACUUGACAAUUGUGUAACACCAUCAGUCAUGACUUCAGCAACGAAGAUUACGUCUUCGCUGGGUAGUAAUGUUCUCCUGCGAUGUGACGCCACUGGGUAUCCAACACCAACUCUGUACUGGGCGAGGGCGGAUGGGUCACUUGUCAACAACACGGUACAGGAGUCUCCAGGGGAUGGCAUUCGAUGGUCCAUCAUGAGCUUGCACGGAAUAUUGCACAAAGACGCCGGGAACUACAGCUGCAAGGCUAAGAAUGACGCAGGCACAGUCGAAGCCACAAUCUCCCUCUCAGUAGCCGGCAGCAUGAGUACCACCGUCUCUCCACCAAAGCCCAUCACCGGGACAGGAGUCCCCGACCAAGACUUGACAUAUGAUUCCGGAACAGCCCGGGCCGUCUUAACCUCGACCAUAUCCAUGGUCCUUUCCAGGAGACAGACAACAAUGGUCGCUAUCCCUGCAAAGACAAAAACUACUCCAGGCAACGAUGUCCAAAAAGGUUCGCUCAAACCUGCGAAAAUUAAGCAAGGAAAUGGUGGACAAAAGUUUCCUUCAGAUGAAGAGAACAAGAAAAGCAAUGCGUCAAAGUCCAUCAAAGAUCUCGAGAUUGUGGAGGAAACAUCUGACAGUGCAGUUCUUCUAUGGACAGCACAGGGCUUACCAAAGAACUCUCCCCUCACAGUCGUAUAUUCACCUUAUGGAGAAGAUGGUGAAGAUGACUUUAAAAGAACAGUAGAGACAAAUGCAGGCAGUGGUAAAAUCCUCCUUGAGGAACUCUCACCCGGCAUAAGAUACUCUGUCUGCCUGGUAGCAAAGGGUAGUGCUGCAGGAAAGGAUCCUUGCAUUAACUUCUCCACACUUGCAGACGGUGGACAGAAUCAGUUUUUUAUCAUCAUCAGCAGCAUUGCCUGCGUGCUGGCGUUACCUCUUAUUGUGCUGUUGCUCUACAAGAUCCUCGCACUCUACUGCAAAGGAAGCGAAGCAGCUCAGGAUGAGGAGGAGCUCGAGAAGGAGAGCUAUGUCAAGUUUGAGACCAUCACAAUGAAGCAAAGAACUAUGAACUCCCAUCCUACAGAGCUUUGGGCGAGGAGGCCGACACAUGAAUCGGAGAGAAUGCUCUUGUGCUCCAGGUCCAGUAUAGAUUCCCAGAUGACCUACAAGAGUGACAGCUCCAGAUCCGAGUAUCUUUGCUGAUGGCGGAAUGACAAGAUCCAAAGACAUUAUAUGUUAUGACACUAUGCCUUUGAAUAACCAUGUCAUUCAUUCAUUCAUUCAUUUUCUACCGCUUUUCCUCACGAGGGUCGUGGGGGUGCUGGAGCCUAUCCCAGCUGUCUUGGGGCGACAGGCAGGGUACACUCUGGACUGGUCGCCAGCCAAUCACAGGGCAUGUAUAGACAAACAACCAUUCACACUCACAUUCAUACCUAUGGACAAUUUGGAGUGGACAAUUAACCUAGCAUGUUUUUGCAAUGUGGGAGGAAACCGGAGUACCCGGAGAAAACCCACGCAUGCACGGGGAGAACAUGCAAACUCCACACAGAGAUGGCCGAGGGUGGAAUUGAACCCUGGUCUGGUUAAGUAUGUCGAUAACCGUAAAUACAUCCGAUCUGGACAUUCCAGUGAAUGACAUUCCUGUCCUUAUCAAUUUGGGAGCCUUACAUUGAGUGAAAUGAUAGAUGCCAGCACCUUCCUUGGAAUUUUGUAAUCUAGGCAAAGAAACUGCCAGUUGCUUAUGGUGGAUUUAUUUCAUUAGAAUUGAUGCCAAAAUUCAACUUUUAAAAGUUAUUUCAGAUGUUAGCAACAUAGAAUAUCCACUUCCCAUCACAAAUCAACCACAUCUUUGUUGAUCCAAGAAUGCCUUACACGACCAAUACGGUCUAUCAGUGUGAAAUUGAAUAAUUGCCAGUAUGUAUAUUUUCAUGUUUAUAUGUAUUUCAAAAAUGAUGUGUACAUUUGUUUUAAUAAACAUAAAUAUUCCUGAAAUUUAUAAUGGAUUUAUAAUUUAUAAUGGAUGCACUACACCUUCUUUAACGAUACCAAAUCAUGACUUGGUAUCAGCAAGAAUCUUCAAUUGGAUUGAACUAAGACACUAUCCACGUUUACAUGAGGGGUUUUUCCUCUUUCUGAAUGGACUCUUUCGGAAUGACUUUU